AUGGCGUUCGACAAAACAUGGAUAGUCCUCAUCGCUGGUUGUGGUGUCUUAGGACUGGCUGUGUGGGGUGGACUUAACGCAAUGACUCUAAAAAUGAUUCUCUUAUGGAUGUUCAUCGGCUUUGGGUUCCUGACCUUCCUAAUGCAUUUGUUUGGCUCGCCGAUUAGUAUUUUGUUGGGAAAAUUUUUCCAUAAUUCUCCCGACGAACAACAGACCAGUCAAGUAAAAUAUUCUGAAACGGAACUGAAAGAAAGAAGGCAAAGAGCGUUGGAAAUGAAACAAUUCCUGCAAGAUAAUAAGGUUGACAUCUAUAGAGAGAACAUUUUAGAUCCAAGAGAAGAGAUUCUUAAAGCAAAAAGAGAGGCAGAGUUCUACAAGUUUGACAGCAGGUGGAGAGGAAAGGGUCAAAGAUUAGGGAAGGGACAUGUUGAAGAACAAGCUGAAGAAGACUUUUUAUCCCAAGAGUUUUUGUUGCAUGAAGAUCCUAGCUCAGAAGAAGGAACAAACACAGAACAGAUUCCACAUAAUGAUGGUACCUCAAACUUCACUGACAAUGGGUGCAUGUCUAGAAAAGAACAGACUGAGACAGAUUCUGUGCGUCAAAGGAGAAACAGACAGAGUCGUGAGUUGCCUGAAGAGCCAGAUCCCAAGGAGAAUGGGGUAAUAACUGUUGCCCUUCGUUGUCCUGAUGGAACUGUUAAGAAGAGGAGAUUUGCAGUGCAGUCCCAAAUUAAGGUGCUGUUUACAUAUGCUGAUUGGCUGGGCUAUUCGCCCUCUCGUCAUAUUAUAUUAACGACGUAUCCUAGAAAACAGUUAUCUGAAGCAGAACAAACUUUUAGUGAGGCUGGGUUAACUCAUGAUACAGCACUGGUACUGGAAGAAAUAUAAGACAAUGUUCAUAUUAGUUAGUGGCAAUCUUCUCUAACAUACCUGAAUAGUACUACCACAAUAUAUCUUGCGUCGGUUUGUGCAUUAGGGACCCAGGGGAAGGGUAUGGGGGUUCAGACCCCUUCCUCUCAGACCUCUGGGUUUUUUUAAAAGUACUUGUCUCACACAAAAAUUUUUACAAAUAGUGUAGUUAAACUACAUGUUGAGUUUUAUUUCUAACUUUGUACUUCGCAUAAUUUACAUUGCAACUUUUCGAAAUUCUGUAGCGUAGUCGCACAUCGGGCGUUCAAACCUUAACUUUUGGUGGCCCUGGUCAGUUUUAACUCGCCACUGGCGACCGUGCGACCGCCAAUUUUUUAGCCCUGAAAUAUAUUAUUCAAUAAGUACAUUGUUGAUUGAUGCUGGAACGACGAGUUUUCAGCUUAUUUGACUUUACACAUGGAUACUGUUCAUCGCAUAAUCGCGGAAUUGGAUGAGAUCUAAGUCUUCACAAUACAACUUUAUUGGUUGGCAUAAACGGUUAUUCCUCAUAGUAUAGGCUGAACCAAAAGUCUCUCAUGUUCCAAGAAUGUGCCCGCUAUGCUUUUGCUCCGUCAGCAAAAAAGUUUACAUUGCAUGAAAUUUUUUAGAUACUAUCAAUACUUUGAAACUAUCAAAUGUGAGUAUUUACGUGUCUAUUUGAUUGACGUCUAUUACUGAGAUGCGUGCCCUGUAGAUUUGUCAUAGGCAAUUCGGCUUGAUGUGAAGUGCUUGAGGUUCUGCGGAACAUUUCGGAAAUACCUGCCCUAAAUUCUGGCAGUCUUAUAGCAUACACGAUAGGAUUCGCCAGGGAAUUAGCGCCUACGAAAGCCGCUAGCGUCAUUCGUAUGUGAAAAAAGGAACGUUGAGGGUACCAGCCUGAGAGAACAUCUUCAUGCCAAUAUGUAAUUAUUCUGAAAGUUGUAAAUGGAAGCCAUGUCAUCAAAGAUGCAAGCGUGACAAUAAGUAAGGUGGCGGUCAGCUUCCUUUCUCUGUUGGUUGCACCAUGAUGUCGAGGAUUAGGACUGAAUCGAACUUUGAUGAAAAUAGCAACAUAAGAGACACAAAUCAAAAAUAGAGGAAGUGACCAAUAUAAUAUCAAGGUAAUUCCUGAGAACAAUACUGCAAGAUGAGAAUUUCCUUGUGUUUUGAAUAACACGAUUUGAACAGUCUCCCUCAAUGAAGUUAGAAACCAAAUAGCGGCGAUUGCCAUUGCGUAAACCCUUCUCUUAAUUACACGAUGCUCAAUUGGAAAUAAUGUGGCAUGCAUUCUUUCUAAAGAAAUAGCAGCGAGAUUUACGAGUGAGGCCAUGGGAAACAAAUUAGCCAAUGGAAAAAUCGUUUGAGUUUGCCUCCAUAAAUCGCAGUAGUGCCCCAAAAGAUGAUGAACAAUCACAGGACCCGAAACUGCUCCAGCCAAAAGAUCGACUGUGGCCAGAUGGAUGAUCAAGUAUGUACUCUGGCGCUGUAGCUGGCGUUGUUUCACAAAUACAAUAAUGGUGAGGAGAUUGAGGAUGACAAUGGCCAGACAUUCGGUGAUGGAAGCAACAAGCCACGGGAUGCAGUCCGGGGAGUAACUCGGGUAUACAUACGUGGUAUUAUUACUGGUUUCCAUGAGCAUUAGGAAACUGUGAACAUUUUCCAAAUAAAAAGAAUAAAUCAUCAAUUUUCUGACAAUUAAAUAGAGAAUAACACAUGAGCGCGCGUACAUAUGGAAUUUCUCUUCGAGUUGAACACGACAAGAGAAAUUUCAUAUUUACAAGCAACCAUGUAUUAUUUUGUUUAUCAUAUAAACACAGUAGCCUUUUUAUGACGAGAAAAAUCAACUCUAUUAAUGAAUGAAAGUAAAAGGAUCGACAAUCCCCGACUACAAAUCGCAAAGUGUGUUGGCUCGAAAUGAAAACAUGCGUUGAAUCGCUACAAAAACAAACAAUGGGCCUAAUUUUCAAUAAACAAAAUUCUCAGUUAUUGAAUUAGUCCUUAUCGACAGAAGAAAUCAUCCAGGUAAACGGCCAAAAUCGGCCUGUGGCAAAUCUUCCAGAGAUCGAUUUUCGUUCUUAGCCGCGAGAUAUGCCAUUACCAAAGCCACUGAAUACUUACCUUUUGGUUUUUCAUUUCGUAUUUUGGUUUUUUUCCCUUUUGGAAAAUUUGAACGUC